UGUGUGUAUGUGUGUGUGUUUUGUUUUUGCUUUUUUGGUUUUGUGGUUUUUUUGGUUUGGUUUGUGUCGCCUGCAGCUGCAGAGCAACCUCUUCGCCAGCCUGGACGAGACACUGCUGGCGCGGGCCGAGGCGCUGGCGGCCGUGGACAUCGCGGUGUCCCAGGGCAAGAGCCACCCUUUCAAGCCGGACGCCACCUACCACACGAUGAACAGCGUGCCAUGCACGUCCACAUCCACCGUGCCGCUGGCGCACCACCACCACCAUCACCACCACCACCAGGCAUUAGAGCCAGGAGAUCUGCUGGACCACAUCUCGUCCCCUUCGCUCGCGCUCAUGGCUGGAGCUGGCGGCGCGGGCGCUGCGGGUGGUGGUGGAGGCGCCCACGACGGCCCCGGGGGCGGUGGCGGCCCCGGGGGCGGCGGUGGCCCAGGUGGCGGCGGCCCCGGGGGCGGCGGCGGCGGUGGUGGCCCAGGGGGCGGUGGCGGCGGCCCGGGUGGCGGGCUCCUAGGCGGCUCAGCACACCCUCAUCCGCACAUGCACGGCCUGGGCCACCUGUCGCACCCGGCAGCGGCGGCUGCCAUGAACAUGCCGUCCGGGCUGCCGCACCCCGGGCUGGUGGCAGCGGCCGCGCACCAUGGCGCGGCAGCGGCAGCGGCAGCGGCAGCGGCUGGGCAGGUGGCUGCAGCGUCCGCGGCGGCGGCAGUGGUGGGCGCGGCGGGCCUGGCGUCGAUCUGCGACUCGGACACGGACCCGCGCGAGCUCGAAGCCUUUGCUGAACGCUUCAAGCAGAGGCGCAUCAAGCUGGGCGUGACGCAGGCGGACGUGGGCUCCGCGCUGGCCAACCUCAAGAUCCCGGGCGUGGGAUCGCUCAGCCAGAGCACCAUCUGCAGGUUCGAGUCGCUCACGCUCUCGCACAACAACAUGAUUGCGCUCAAGCCCAUCCUUCAGGCUUGGCUAGAGGAAGCCGAGGGUGCCCAGCGCGAGAAAAUGAACAAGCCUGAGCUCUUCAACGGCGGGGAGAAGAAGCGCAAGCGGACUUCCAUCGCCGCGCCAGAGAAGCGCUCCCUCGAGGCCUACUUCGCUGUACAACCCCGGCCCUCUUCUGAGAAGAUUGCAGCCAUCGCUGAGAAACUGGACCUCAAAAAGAACGUGGUGCGGGUGUGGUUUUGCAACCAGAGACAGAAGCAGAAGCGGAUGAAAUUCUCCGCCACUUACUGAGGGGGUUGGGUGGUGCCGGGUGGGGCAGAAGGAGAAGCUGAGGGAGCAUUUCAGGGGGCUUUCCUCUGACCUGCUUCCCAUCACUUUUGAAGUGUCCGUUAUCCUGCUUGCAAUUGGGGAGUCCUUCCCUGCUCUUUCCUGGGCCCCACUCUAUCUCUCUGCCCUUACCUUCCCCCAGCCUAGAAAACAAGAGUGCUGGGUGUAGAGAAAGAAGACAGCAGGGGAGGAGGGAGCAUUUAGAUGAGCAAGGGAAUGGGGGUUAAAAAAAGUUAGGCUGGAGCAGGGGAGUUUUAAGAAGCAGGAUG